AUGGUUCUUGAUUGGUCUUUAUGCUCUACCUCUAGGAGCAGCAAUGACUCCAGAAAGAUCCAUUCAAAAACUAAUAAUUUAUCAAAUGCCAGAGAACCCAACAGUUCUUUAAAUAAAAAAGAGAUUCCUACUCGCUCUAAUGUCUCUUCCAGCCUUGGACAGGCAAUUCGAAUAGAAAACAAAAAUAGACAUCCUUUUUUAAAAAAAAGUACUUCUAGUAAAGAAACACCAAGAAUCUCCCCAGAGACUAAUCUGAAACAAAAUUCUAAGGAAAAACUUAAAGAACUCCCCUCUUCAUCAAAUAUUGGGAAAAACCUAGAGUCUGAAGAAAGAUAUUGUUGCUCUUGUAAGAAGAAGAUUUCGAGUAAAGAGAUAGAUGAAGACUCUGUAGAAUAUCACCGAAAAAUUUUUUCAUUGCGUCGAAAUGUGGCAUUGGAUGACUUCCAUACUGUUUCUAUAAUUGGUCAAGGGGGUUAUUCCAUAGUAAGACUAGUUUUUGAUAUUCAUACAGGACAUGUCUAUGCGUUAAAACAAGCAAAGAAAAACCAAUUAAUGAGUAACCAAUCCCAGUAUGAUAACCUCGAAAACUUAAUCGAAAUAGAUAUCAAUUCUUCUCAAAAGCAGGUGGAGGGAAAACAAACUUUAAAUACUGGAUUAAUGCUUAACACUGAAAUUUCAUUAAUGUAUAGUUCAGAUAGUCCAUGGAUUAAUAAGCUUUAUUAUUAUUGGGAAGAUAACCAUUUUUACUAUAUGUUAAUGGAAUAUAUGCCAGGAGGAGAUUUAAUGAGACAUUUAAUUGAUCUUCAUACUUUUGAUGAGGAGACAGCAAAAUUCUAUAUUGCUGAACUAUUGCUGGCCUUAGAUUAUUUAAAUAGCGUCCAAGGCCAUAUACAUAGGGAUAUCAAGCCAGAUAAUAUACUACUGGAUGUAGAUGGUCACAUCAAACUGAUAGACUUUGGGCUUUCCAAAAAAAUCUUUCAAAGCAAGCAAAAGCCUUUUGUUUCAAAUGCUUCAAUUAAUUCAUCUUUUCAAAGCGAUGACAGUACCAGUAUUGACCCACAUAAAGUGCUUAUUCAUGACCAAAACUUCCAUGCUGGUACCCCAGAUUACAUGGCUCCUGAAAUUCAUAGAGGAGAUCCCUACUCUAUUAGCGUAGAUCUAUGGAGUGUUGGGAUCAUAUUAUUUGAAAUGCUUUUUGGAGGACCUCCAUUAUCAGAUCCAGGACAGAAUUCGUUAAUCACAAGAAAUAAGGUAAUGAACUGGGAUAAACACUUUUAUUUACCUUCAGAACACCAUAAAUACUCUGAAGAUGCUAUGGAUUUCAUAUGCUCUUUAGUUUGUGAGCCUUCACAGAGAAUUAAAAGCGCUAGGGAAGCCAUGAAACACCCAUUCUUUAAAGAAAUUGACUUUUCCACAAUCCGCCUUCAAAAACCCCCCAUUAUACCAAAAGUCAAACAUAAAUUAGAUCACUCAAACUUUGACAAGUUCCCUGAUAAUUUGAUCACUUCCUUUUAUAACUCUGCCAAAGUUUCUGCCUCUGUUCUAAAUCCAAAUAUUUCUGAAGAAAUCAACUUUAAUUCAUGCAAUAAUAGCAGAAUACAUGGCGAAAACUUGAUUAGUGAAUUCUUUCCAAACUCCAUAGUUCCUGGAAUGAAUAAACUAAGUAUCUCACAAAAUAUUAUAGAAAAUUGCUCCAUUCCAAUGGUAAAUAGUUCAAAAAUACCAAUAUGUACUCCAAAACGUUCAUAUCUUCCUUUAAUCAGUAAUUUAUCUUCUCCUGUAUCAAACCAUACAACAGCAUCCUCCUGGAAGCAAAUUAAUAGUUCUCCAAUUUUUCAGACUCCAAGGAAACCUUCACCACUCUCUAAUAAUAACUCAAGUCCAAAUAUUUCCUUGAAUUCAAACAAACUUCCUCAAAGCCACUCAUUUUCGCAAAUUUCUGGAAAAUCAAAUCACUCUAAUUUCUCUAACCCAAUUAUUAAAUCACCAUGUAUACCUCAGCCUUACAACGCUUUAACUCACAUAGACAAGAUUUCCUCAAACUUAUCGAAAUCGACACUCGAAAACCUUAAGGCUGGAACUACAACCCCUAGCUCUGGAUUAUUCAGCCGUAACAUUGGAAGCUCUAACAAUCAUAAAUUUCUUACAUUUAAAGAAAGAAAAUCUUCUGAAAAUGUUGCAAAUAGGCAAACCCAAAAACCAAAUACUCCCCUUUUUCCUCAAAGAUCUACCAGUUCCUCCAUAACUAGAAAUAACCAAGAUAUUGUAAAUAUUCUCAGAAAAAAAAAUAUCAUUUAA